CUUCGGGCUCAAGCACGUGCAGCACGGCGUCCCUGAAAUCCUCAAGUUCUCUGCGGUUGGAUGCCGAUUGAACUCGUGUGGCGGGCGAUGUCGGAUGCUGCGCCAUACAAAGGGAAGAGUCCUUUCACUAUGCUCUCAGUUGAGGAAUGUGUAGCAACGGUUGCGAAGCAAGUUCUGGGCCCUUUGGGUGUGGAAGAGCUGGCGCUUGCAGAUGCCCUUGGGCGCUACUUGGCAGAGGAUGUGGUUUCAGCAGCACCGAUUCCUGCCUUUCCAGCUUCCAUCAUGGAUGGUUUUGCUGUGCGCUCCAGCGAUGGCCUUGGAACCUUCCCAGUGGAUGCGGAGCAAUUCGCCGGCAAUGACGUGGGACCACUUCAGCCAGGUCAUAUUCGAUAUAUCACCACUGGUUCGGCCGUCCCGGUGGGAGCCGAUGCUGUGGUGAAAGUUGAGGACACGCUCCAGAGGGUCAAGUCUAGUGGUGAAGUGGAGAUCGAUGUGCUGGUUUCCAGCAAAGCGGGCGCCAACAUUCGGCAGGUGGGGUCAGACACGGCCAAGGACGAAGUGCUCUUGCGGAGAGGUUGCCACCUGCGCGCCUCGGAGCUUGGCGUUUUGGCCGCGCUGAAUCGCAGCUGUGUUUCAGUGUUCUGCCUUCCGCGUGUGGCGCUGCUCUCCACUGGUGAUGAGUUGGUGGAGCUGGGGCAAGUUCCGGACGAGAGCCGAGGACAAAUUGUGGACUCCAAUCGACCUUUGCUGUGUGCAAUGGUCAAGGAGCUGGGCGCGAUGGUGACGGAUCUUGGGGUGGUGAAAGACGAAGUUGAAUGUGUUCGUGCCACAAUUGCAGAUGCUUUCAAGUUUGCAGAUGUGGUCAUAACUUCUGGUGGAGUGAGUCGAGGCAACAAGGACUACAUCAAGGAGGUACUUGAAGAACUCGGAGAGCUUCACUUCGGAGAGAUGUGCAUGAAACCGGGCAAGCCUAGUACCUUUGCGACCGUGAAGUCGGCGGAGAACCAACCAAGGCUCUUCUUCGGUCUUCCGGGAAAUCCCGUGAGUUGCUUCGUGACCUUCAAACUCCUGGCGGCUCCGGCCAUUUUGAAACUGGCCGGGAUGGGAUCCCUCAGAUCUCCGGUGUAUCCUCGAGUGGAUGCUGUCCUAUGUCAGCCGGUGCAAAUGGAUCCCGUGAGACCUGAAUAUCAUCGCGCUCGUGCGCGCUGGGACUCUGGCCGCAUUGUGGCGGAAAGCACAGGUUUCCAGCGAAGUAGCCGCAUUGCCUCUAUUGCUGAGACCAACUGCUUGCUGGAGAUCCCCAAAGCUUCUGGCACGUUGGCCAAAGGCACUGUGGUGAAAGCAUUGCUGCUGGGAGGCCUUCGACCUGAAGCGGAAGGAUUUCCAUCAGCCCCCCAGGCACAGACAGCCCUUGGCAGCUGCAAGCGUCGCAGAGUGGGUCUUCUUCUGUUGGACACGGCCCAGUCCUCCAAGGUCACCGAGGUGCUGAGAGCAUCACUGGAUGGUCCCGAGCUUCGAGAAGAGCGUAGACCCAAGGAGGCCGAAGCGGUGAAGAAGGUCGUGGAGUCCUGGUGUCAGGAAAAAAACGGUUUGGAUUUGGUCCUUGUGCUGGGGGAGCUGGGAGUUGGGAACAAGGAUGCUGAAGUGGUAGACACAUUGCGAAACAUGGUCAUCGCUGCGGAGAACGUAGCCGAUCUGAUCCUUCACGAGGCCUUGAAGGAGACACCGCUCGCCAUGUUGACCUGCACAGUGGCCGGAUACAGGCAUUCGACCUUGCUGGCCACGCUGCCGGAUGCACCUGGAGUUGGGCAAAUUUGUAAACUGAUCACGUCACUCCCAUGAAGCACAGUAGCAACCAAAGAUCGCGCCAGAGAAAAGAGGGGCUCGAAACAGAUGUGGGGAGGUUAAAACCUGCGGUACCAUGCUGAGAGUUGUGUUUU